CCUGCGAGGCGCCGGAGAGGAGGAGGAGGAGGGAGGAGGAGGAGGAGGAGCGGGAUGGCGGGGCUUUUGACUCCGCGAUUCCGCAAGCUCAGCAGCCAGAGUGAGCUCCGACUUCAGCGGCGGGAGGGCCUCCGGCUCCGGCUUAGCAGCGGCACUGGUAUCACUCGGAGGAGAAAGGCAGUUAUCACAGGAUGCUCCGGUCCUUUUCAAGCUACUCAGCUCUGGAAUAGUAUCAUUUACUCCCUUCACACGCAGGUGGAAAUAAAAAGAAGACGACAACAUUUCCGAACUUAUAAAGACUGUUUUACUGGUUCAGACGCUGUUGAUGUAGUGUUAGGUCAUCUUAUGCAGAAUAUAUCCUUAAGCAGCACUGACAUCUCCCGUCUAAAUGGAGUGCGUCUUUGCCAAGCUCUCAUGGAUCAUAAAAUAUUUGAACCAGUUGGAAUAAAACUAUUUAAAAGUGAAAAGGAAUUGGAAUUUGAAGAUACAAAUAGCAGUCUCUACAGGUUUCUGGACCAAAAUCCUGUUUCUGGUUUAUCUAAAAGAAAUGAGGAUCCUAAAAUUACGGGGCUUGGUCAAAUACAAGCAGAAGGACUCUCCAGAAUAGAAGAUGAAACGAUUUCGAAUCCUUUAGCACAAGAAAUUGAUGAGAAGACAAUUGAAGAACUAAUUCAUACUCUAAAUGGGCAUGCAUCUUUCACUCCAAAUGUAACAGGUGAUAAACCAGUCCAUUUGCUUUCGAAAAAAGUUGUGGAAGAUGUGUGGAAAGAGCAGACACUGUUAAGACUACUCCAAUUAAUUCACCUUCCAAUCUUAGAAAAUAUUUUAGAGCCUCCAGUAAAAAACCAAAAUGUUCAGUUGAAGCGAGAGGAAGAUCUCAUCAUCUCCAACACUUGGUUAGAUAGAGAUGUUAUUCAUGGCCUCAGUUUAUCUGAGGUUGACAAUUGGCUCAGUGCAGCAAUUGAAUGCUUGGAAUAUUUCCCGGAUCAGCUACUAGUGAUGGUUAGUCAGCAGUUAGUUCAAAAUGCUAACGAAGACACAAAACUGAAUGUUCAUAAGAAGAUAUUCUUUGAUGUUAUAGUAAAAUAUUAUAAUCAAGAAAGAGAAUGUUUACUUAAUGACAGUUAUUCUGAUGUUCAUUCAGGAAUUAUUGAACUUCUGGAGAAUGGAAAACGAACAGAAGCUCUGGAAGCAUCACAGCUCUACCUGAGGCUCCUAUUCCCUCACAUUAGGGAAGAAUUACGCAGACUCCUGACUUUUAUGUCCAUAGCCUCAGACCCUCAUGGCUACAAGUUACAAAAACAGUAUGAUAAUACAACAGUGGUCAUGAAAAUGCUUACUAAAGCUGUUUUGCAAAACAAGUCAUUAUCAAAAGUACAAACAGAACAACUGGUCCAGUUUCUGCUAGAGAACCAUUGUGAUCUUUUUAAGACACCUUUGAAUUUGUUGGACUUGGUCAGUAGAAAAUUCAGAAGCCUUCUUCGUGGAGAAGAUCCAGAUUUUAUAUCAGGUUUCACAUUUUGUCAGCGAUUGACUCUUGAAGACUAUGAAGAACAAAAACAAAAGACAAACGAACAGCUCCAACAGUUGAUCCAAGAGAUUAACAUCAGUUCCAAUAUUCCUUUCAAACAGAAAAAGAAACUGAUAAAAGAAUUUCAGAAACAUCAUCCAUCAGCUUUGAGUUAACAUUUUAGGUUCAAGAAAUUGGAUGCAAUUUUGUAUUCUGGACUCUUGUAAAAGGAUAGAAAGCUUUUUUCUUUAUACCAAUUUUUUUUUAACCUGUCAAACUAACAUAUUUUAGUAGAAUUCGAUGAAAAAUGUAGCCUCCAGAUACCAUGUUUAUCCAGUAAACAUUUAAAAGAGAGAAGCUCAUCCCUCAGUUAUGCUACUGAAUUGCUUAUUUGUGCUCUACUGAAUAGUUGAUGCUACUGAACAAUUUAGAAGUUAUGCUGCUAUUUUGGGAGUCUUGAUACAGUCAGAUCCCAAAGAAGUCUUUCUGGAUUUCAGUGAAGAAACAUUUCUGGUUGAAGCUCUGGAUAAGUGUGUCUACUUGGGUGUCAUUUUGCCUUUGCCUGCUAGAACAUAAUGACUCAAGGUGAUCUAGAAGUAUAAAAGAGCAUAGCAUCUUCAGUUUGGCCACUCCUUCCUCUCAUGUAGAUCAUAACUGUCCUUAUGUUUCUAGCUUUUGCCAUCCUUGUUCAUGCUUUUCAGUAAAUCCCGCAGAGGUUCAUUCCAUCCCAAAUAUCUGAAACCUUUCUCUGCUUAUUUCAUGUAGCACUUAACAGUGCUCACACAGUGGGCGAUUCUUUUUCCCUCUCUUGGAAAAUGCCUUUCUUUUCUAGGCACAAGCUUCCUUGAUUAUAUCUUUUUUGCUAUUUUUGAAAGUAAUUUAUUAGUAAUAGGUUACUACCUACUAUUGCCAUCAUAAUUUUUUUUAAUUUUAAUAUUUUCUCCAAUUAAGCAUUUUUCCUCUCCUUCCUAAUCCUUCCACUGAACAGCGAAAAAAUUUUUAAUUUAAAAAAAAAAAAAAAAAGAGGCAGCUAGUU